GCUGCCUCCGCGCGGUGCAUUGUGGGACGGGGGGGCGGUCCUCCGGUAUCCCACAAGACCUUGCGCGCCCGUUCCCGUAGCCUCCCAGUGCUCCCAGUAUGGACCAGUACGUCCUGCUGGGCUGCAUCGGGGAGGGCGCGCACGGGGUCGUCUUCAAGGCCAAGGACAGGAAGACCGGGGAGCUGGUGGCGCUCAAGAAGAUCCCCCUGCGGCGCCCAGAGGGGGGGCUGCCCCCCCAGACCCUGCGGGAGAUCCAGGCCCUGCUGCACAUCCAGGAGCACCCCCAUGUUGUCCGCCUGGGGGCAGUGUUUGCCUCGGGCCCUGCUGUGGUCCUGGCGCUGGAGCUGCUGGUGGGUGACCUGGGGGGGCUCCUGCGCUCGGCCCCCGCCCCCCUGCCCCCCCCCCGGGUACGGGCGCUGCUCGCCAUGACCCUGCGGGGGCUGAGCCACUGCCACCGGCACCACGUGAUGCACAGGGACCUGAAGCCCUCGAACCUGCUCCUGGACGCCCGCGGCCGCCUCAAGCUGGGGGACCUGGGGCUGGCGCGGGUGCUGGGCCCCCCCCGCGCGCGCCCCUACAGCCACCAGGUGGCCACCAGGUGGUACCGAGCCCCUGAGCUCCUCUAUGGCGCCCGAGACUACGAUGAAGGUGUUGACAUCUGGGCCGUUGGCUGCAUCUUUGGGGAGCUGCUGACUCUGUCUCCGCUGUUCCCGGGGGACACAGACCUGGAGCAGCUCUGCCGGGUGCUGAGUGCGCUGGGCACCCCCAGCCCCAGUGCAUGGCCUGAGCUGCGCGCGCUCCCGGACUACCGGAAGGUCCGUUUCGCGCGCUGCGCUCCCGCGCCCCUGGAGCGGCUCGUGCCGGGGGCGGGGCCUGAGGCGCGGGACCUGCUCCGGCGCCUGCUGCGCAUGCGCCCCGCGCGCCGGCCCCGCGCGGAGCAGGCCCUGCUGCACCCCUACUUCUUCGGCCCCAUGGAGCUGACCCCUCCCCCUCACAGGGGGGGGCCCCGGUCCCCCCCCCACUUCGACGUGGAUGCGCCCUUGGAGCCGGCUCUGCCCCCCCCCAGCGCCCUGUGCCCCCCCCACUGAGCCCCCAUUGAUGGGGUCCCUUUGGGGGGGUCCCCAAUGCGGGGGGGGGGG